CGGAGGCCCAGAAUGUCAGCGCUGGAACCAAGGACAGAGGAGGAGACUGAGGCCCCCGUGGGUCCUGGACCAGCAGUGAGACAAGGCUAGUUGGGGUCUCCCACCACCAGGACCAACGGGUGUGCCUCCUUCCUCUGGUUUCCCAGAACCAUGGAAAGGCCUCCCUUUCUUGGACACCUGCUGCGUGCCCGGCACUGUGUUAGGUGUCAGGGUGCUGUCUCAAACUGGAUAGUCCUGCCUUCAAAGGCUUUCCGGCUCCCUUCCGUGGUGCCCUCACCCCAGGCAGGGCCUACUUUCCCCACAAAGCCCCUCUUGCUAGGGAGGUGGGGGGCCUGGUCCUAAGCAGUCAUGGAACAUGGCCCUGAAGGCUCAGCUCAGUGUCCCCCUCCAGCAGCCCCGGCCCCCAGCAACAAGCAGUGUGUACGCUUGGGAUGGCAUUUACCAGGGUCUCAGUGUCCCAACUGAUCUGCCUGGUUGUACGUCAGCCUCUGGGAUGGUUGGGCCUUGUGUCCUUCUUCUCUGAUGGUGUAGAGGCCCGGCUGUACCAUCAAGACUCCUCAGUGCAGGUGCUUAGUCAACUGGAAGCACAUAAACAGCCAGGCUGCCGGAGAACAUGGUGGAUUACCUGGCCAACACGGAGAUCAACAGCCAGCGCAUCGCGGCCGUCGAGAGCUGCUUCGGGGCGUCGGGGCAGCCGCUGGCCCUGCCAGGCCGCGUGCUGCUGGGCGAGGGCGUGCUGACCAAGGAGUGCCGCAAGAAGGCCAAGCCGCGCAUCUUCUUCCUCUUCAACGACAUCCUGGUGUACGGCAGCAUCGUGCUCCACAAGCGCAAGUACCGCAGCCAGCACAUCAUCCCGCUGGAGGAGGUGACGCUCGAGCCGCUGCCUGAGACCGCGCGGGCCAAGAACCGCUGGAUGAUCCGCACGGCCAAGAAGUCCUUCGUGGUGUCAGCCGCCUCCAGCACGGAGCGCCAGGAGUGGAUCAGCCACAUCGAGGAGUGCGUGCGGCGGCAGCUGCUGGCCACGGGCCGCCAGCCCAGCACGGAGCACGCGGCGCCCUGGAUCCCCGACAAGGCCACGGACAUCUGCAUGCGCUGCACGCAGACGCGCUUCUCGGCCCUCACGCGGCGUCACCACUGCCGCAAGUGCGGCUUCGUGGUCUGUGCCGAGUGCUCCCGGGAGCGCUUCCUCCUGCCGCGCCUGUCGCCCAAGCCCCUGCGCGUCUGCAGCCUCUGCUACCGCCAGCUGGCCGCCCGCAAGCGGGAGGAGGACGAGCCGCGCGCGGGGGCCCCCGGGCAGCCGGCCCACGCGGCCGGGGCGGGCUGCGGAGCGUCCAGCGGGGACGAGGAGGACUCUGACGAGGACAAGGAGGGCAGUGGCGCCGGCGACUGGCCCAGCCGUGUGGAGUUCUACGCCUCGGGCGCCUCCUGGUCGGCCUUCCACAGCUGACCGGCAUCUGCGGCUGUGCGGGAGGGGCUCCCGGUCCCUCCUGCAUCCGAGCAGACUCCAUCGCCGGGCCCUGAGAGAGCACAGCUCCCGCGCUGCACCCCGCCCCCAGGACCCUGCCCCACGGGGGGCAGGCGCAGUGCCAACGGCUUUCUCUCCAGACCCCAGUGCCUUUGUGCUGGACAUUGGCAUCCUUCUUUUCCCCGUCAGGUAAUUCUCUGUCCACUUAGCGAACUCAAAACACUUGGGCCUCUUAGGAACAAAUAAAUGCCUUUUCUUAGACCUAAGAGCUGUGGUCCCAGAUGAUGACUUGAGCUAGACAACCCCAGGCACCUUUCGGGACCAGAGGGCAGAUAGGACUGGAGUGAGGUCCCCUGAGGCCGUGCACCCAGCACCUGCCCCCCAGACAAGCACACCCCCAGGGAAGACUGGGAGGGCUGGAAACCAGGUCUGCCCAGGCACCUUGCUGACGCUCACCUGCCUGGCUGGCUAGACCUUCUCAGGCCAGGCAUAUGAGCUCACCUUGAGCCAGAGUAGAGUCUGCCGUGCCAUGGGUACCCGCCAGGCAUGGGACUGCGGCCUGGCUCCCCGGGGUCCAGGGCACGUGCCCGGGCCCCUGGCCCCAUCUCCCCUCACUCCAGAUGUCCAGGUGUCUGAUGCCCCUUGGUCCUGUCCUCGUCUCUCCCUGUGGCUGGGGAAAGCGGUGUUUUCUGUUAGGACCCUUCAUUGCAAGUGACAGAAACCCUACCCAGACUGAUUUAACAAUAAAAAGAACGUUUAUUAACUCA